ACACCACAUGAUAUGCGAAUUUAUUUGAUCAUUUUGCAAUUGUUUGCUUAGAUUUAGCAAACUUACGAGGUUUGAUUUCUCUCCUAUAUAAACAAUUCUCUUUCUGCUACUCGCUUGAUACUGCAGUGUUCAAGCUCGAAGGAGAAGAGGGAGUAGCAGUCGGAACUCGGAAGUUUGUUUUAAUCUGGCAGGGCAAAUCGCCAUUGCAGGGAUUUCGAGGAACAGAGGUCGGAUUCGGAGGAAAGCUCGCAUCUUUUCCUUCUUUUGCUAGAGUUCGACGCCAUUGGUUGGUUCACACUUUGUCAGAUACCCUAGGGGGGGUGUCGCAGAGACUGGGAACUGCGCCCCGCCGAUAAGUCGUAAAGAAGACGUCCCUGCUUUGUCGUACGACCGCUGUGACGACUGUUGCUCCGGGUGCGAAGGAGGAGAUCGAGAUCACGGGUACGAAUCGUUGCCAGGGGUCGGUCCUUUUCUAUUUCUUAUAUUUAUUUCGUCGAAUUGCUGGGAAAGAUUUGUUUUUUCGGCGCCGAUCCGAGGAAAGCUGGUGGAUGUUGGGGCGGCAUCUGGCGUCCGGCCUUUAAUCGAACUCCGGAUGCCGAGGAAUUGCUUCUUCUGGCUUUCUUGUCACAGAGAUAUCGAGGAAUUCAGAGAGUGGCGAUUCUUCCUGUCAGAAGUGAAAGGGAAAGAAAAUUUUCUCAGAAGCUUUAAAGACGUUUAUUAAAGGCUUCAAUAGUUUGAGGGGAUCUCUAAUCUCGAAAAGGCCACCUCUUUCUUGUGCUUGCUGUUGUCGUGGUAUAUGAGGAAAGGCCACCGGUAUUGGAGACUUGACACGGUUUUGGCUUAAAUUUCGCAGCCUUUCGCUUGUUUUUGUCCAAGGGUUGAUGAAUGAGAUGAAAGAAUUCUCCUUUUUGUUGCGAAUGCUGUGACUUCUCGAAACGAAGGGAAUAUGGCGACUGAUCAGGGAAAAUAUGUCCGGUACACACCGGAGCAAGUCGAAGCCCUCGAGAGAGUCUACCGUGAGUGCCCCAAACCGAGCUCAUUGAGGAGGCAGCAGCUCAUCAGGGAAUGUCCCAUCCUCUCCAACAUCGAGCCGAAGCAGAUUAAAGUUUGGUUUCAGAAUAGGAGGUGCCGAGAGAAACAGCGAAAGGAAUCGUCACAGCUUCAGACCGUGAACAGGAAGCUGAUGUCGAUGAAUAAGCUUUUGUUGGAGGAAAAUACUCGACUGCAGAAGCAGGUCACGCAGUUGGUCUAUGAUAAUAGUUACUUACGUCAACGAACCCAAAAUGUUGCAUUAGCGACAAUGCACACAUAUUGUGAGUCGGUUGUGACGAAUUUUCACCACCAUUUGAUAUCUCAGCAUAAACCAAGAGAUUCUACCCCUGUUGGAUUAAUGUCCAUUGCAGAGGAGACUUUAACAGAGUUUCUGUCGAAGGCUACUGGAACUACUUUCGAGUGGAUUCAAAUGCCCGGGAUGAAGCCUGGUCCGGAUUCUGUUGGAACCAUUGCUAUCUCACAUGGUUGCACUGGCGUCGUCGCUGCGCGGGCUUGUGCCUUUGUUGGUCUAGAAACCACAAAGGUUGCAGAAAUCUUGAAAGAUCGACUAUCAUGGUGUCGUGACUGUCGAUCUUUGGAGGCAAACAAUGUGAUGCUGACUGCAAAUAAUGAAACCAUUGAGGUGCUGUACAUGCAGGUCUAUGCUCCAACGACUCUGGCACCUGCUCAGGACUUCUGGCUGCUAAGAUAUACAAAAAUUCUUGAAGACAACAGUCUUGUGGUCUGUCAAAGAUCAGUCAAUAGCAUGCAAGGUGCCCCAAGCAUGCCCCCCAUGGAACAUUUUGUAAGGGCAGAAAUGUUGCCUAGUGGUUAUUUGAUAAGACCAUGUGACGAUGGUGACUCUAUGAUUUAUAUCAUUGAUCAUUUUGAUUUUCAGUCUAGUAGUAUGCCAGAAGUUAUAAGACCCCUAUAUGAAUCAUCAACAAGACUUGCUCAGAAUACAACAAUAACAGCUCUACAUCAUUUAAGACAGAUUUCCUAUGAAAGUUCGUAUCCUACUACCUUUACCCCAUGGGGCAGGCAACCUGCAGCUCUAAGAGCACUUAGUCACAGGCUGAGUAGGGGUUUCAAUGAAGCUGUGAAUGGGUUUCCAGAUGAUGGAUGGUCUAUAAUCCCUAACGAUGUUGUGGAUGAUGUCACUGUUCUAGUAAAUUCAUCUCCUAGGAAAAUGAUGACUUUAAAUCUUGGUAAUACUGAUGGAUCAUCCUCAUCAAGCAGUUCUGUUCUCUGUGCAACAGCAUCUAUCCUUUUACAGAAUAUAUCUCCACCUGUUCUCCUAUCAUAUUUACGAGAGCAUCGAUCAGAGUGGGCAGAUAGUGACAUAGAUGCCUAUUCUGCUGCUGCAGUGAAGGCUGCCCCAAGGACUUCAGCUGCAUCUGACUGUGGAAGCUCUGUUGGUCCAGUGAUAUUAACUCCGGUUCCCACUCUAUGCCAUGAAGAAUACUUGGAAGUGGUUAAGUUGGAAGGUAUUUGCUAUCAACAGGAAACUCUUUUUCCAUCACAGCUAUACCUCCUGCAGCUUUGCAAUGGAUUGAAUAAGAAUUCCACUGGCACCUGCUCUGAGCUAAUAUUUGCCCCAGUAGAUGCAUCUUGUGCUGAUGAUGCUCCACUGUUGCCGUCAGGUUUUCGUGUUAUUUCUCUAGACUCUGAUAUGGACACGAGUACUCCUAAUCGAACCUUGGACCUUGCUUCUGCAAUUGGAGUUGAAUCGAUGGGAAUUCAAGCAUCCGAUGAAUAUUCUCAUAAUUGUGGCAGCGGCAAGUCUGUCAUGACUAUAGCAUUCCAAUUUGCUUUUGAGAACCACCACAUAGAGAGAGUGGUAUCCAUGGCUAAGCAAUACAUUCACAACAUCAAAGCUUCUGUUAAAAAACUAGCAUUAAUUCUUUCACCGUCACAUCUCGGGUCUCAUGAUAACCUUUGCAUGCCACACGGAAGCACGGAAGGCGACACACUUGCUCGGUGCAUUUCUGAAAGCUACAGGGUUUAUUCAGGAUCAGAAUUGCUUGAAUCUUCCACUGAUGGCAGUGAUUCACUUCUAAAGAUGCUUUGGCACCACUCAAAUGCAAUUCUGUGCUGUACUACGACGGCCAUUCCAGUUCUUACCUUUGCCAACAAAGCUGGUCUCGAGAUGCUCCAGACAACACUGGUGGACUUGCAGAACACAACUCUUGAAAGUAUCUUCAUGGAGGAAGGAAGGAAGGCUAUCUGCAGAGAGUUUCCUCAUACCAUUCAACAGGCAGUGGACUGGGUUUUGUUUGCCUUCAAGGUGGUUUAUGCGUUUCAAGCAAUGGCAGAUCUAUUUCCUAUGAGAAAGUAAUUGCUUGGAAAGUGUUGGAUGAGGGAGGCAAUGCUCAAUGCAUCUGCUUUAUGUUUGUUAACUGGUGUCACAUUGUUUGAAGAAUUUCCAAAGGGAGAGAUGUCAGUAAGCAUGGCUUUCUGAGAUGUUCAUAUAAACUGCAUUAUAUUCUUUGCCUAAUUACCGAGUUAUUAUAGUGUUUGUGUAUCAGAAAACAUGGAUGGAAAGUUAACAAAAUAGAUUAAGUUAUACGAGAAAUGAGAAAUGUCUCUGUUUGAUUGUAUAUUUGCCAUAGCUGUAUUCUUUUGAAGGUAGAGAAGAGUUUCAUUUUGUUUAGAUUUUCAUUUUCCAAGUUGCAGUGGAUAUUGUGUGCUAAGUUUAGAAUGUGUUGGAAGUAAUUGAAUUUAGAGUGGAUUGAUAACUUAAUAAAUUUAUGAGUGAAGUUUUAAAAUAUCUAAAUAUUUAUUUUAUCAUUAAUUAGUAUCUAAAUUGUUAGAGGCAUUUUGAUAUUUAAUUAGAUUUUAGGGAGGGGUUGUAAAUUCUAUAGACUAUUAGGGUUUAUUUUGAAAAUUAUCCAAACUUUUUUACGCACCCUAAAAUAAAUUCCUGUUGUUACGGAUUUCAUAACGGGUGUUAUGGACCUUGUUACCGUUUUAAUGGAAGUGUUACCCUUCGCCUCUCUGUAUUUAUGUGACGACUCGCGAUGAAGACGCAGCACAGCGAGGAGCAGCAGGAGUGAGAGAGAAAGGGCAGAUCCGCAGAGGGGAGAGAUGGAGGAAGCGACGCUGGAUCUGACCUCCGGCACGAGCGGGAGGAUCAUCCCGGUCAUCCGGAAGAUACGGCAGUCGGUACCGUCUCCGGAUACCCUUUUCCGCGCCCUCUUCCUCCUCCACUCCCUCUCCGUCUGGUUCCUCCUCCUCAUCAGAAGCUGGAGCCCGGUCACGAACGCCACAUCUUCCUUUUUCACUGACACCAACGGCGGAGGGCCGGAGGUGGCCGGCGGCCGUGGAAGAGGAGGAUGCGAGGCGGCCGCGGGCUCUCGCCCAUCGAGGACGUGGGAUCCUCGUCCUAGGAAGGGGACGACGAUCUGACCUGCUGACGGGAAACAUUUGUGUUCGUGGGCCUGCGGGGGAACUCACUCUUCUGCAGAUCAUGGCUACCUGCUUCCGGCGAUUUGAGGACAUGGCUGUAGUGAUUGAUUUCUUGUGGAGGACACUAUCAAGUUUCUGAAGAAAAUCAAACAUGAACAUAAUAUGUGUUCCAUCAUUCCAUGUUCCUUCUUUGGUCAUUCGACUGGCGGAGCUAUAGUUUUAAAGUUUCAAUUCAAAGGAGCUAGCAAACCAGGCAUGGUUGUGUGAAGGGACCCGGCCGCUUUGUUCGCUGUUGGCCAAAUUCUCAGACCCGGUAGUCUAACUGUUGGAACUGGUGUCGUCGCUAGAGGGGAUGAAUAACAAUUUGCGGAUUCAUUGAUUGUAGUUCAAUGUGCUUAUUUAUAGAGUUAUACGCAACAGAUAAUAUAAAUAACAAAUACAUAAUAGAACAAGCAUAAGAGAUAAACUAUUUUGCAUGGUUCAAAACCCUUAAUUUCUAUUCCACGGUCUACCGUCCUAGUAAUAACACCAUCUCUCCUUGUUGAAUACCUUCUAGCGGCCGAGAAACCUCUUACAGCUCUCUAUUCUUUACCAGCAACAUGAAUAAGAAAACAAGAAUAAAAUUGAAAAAUAUAAUAUAAUAUAAAUAAUAAUUUACACAAAUGAAUCUUCUUUGUAGUUAUUUUUAAUUGUCUCUUGAAGGUAUGCAAAUACAAUAACACUCUCCUUCCAAACUCCCAAGAAUUAUUGUCAAAAUCUUCCAUUUAUAUAACCUUCAGGUUACAAUUGAUUUUCACCCUAAUAAUUGACUGAUAGCGCCCAUUAGUUAAUUGCUCCACUGAGUUUCAAUAUUGCACUGACAAAAUGACUCUUCCUAACUCAGUUUUAUCCACAUCUGUCAACUGUUCCUGACCAUAACUCGACUGAUACCUAAACAAUGACUCACAUAGUUGAAUUGAGAAUUUUUUGUUCUCUCUGAAAUGUCCAAGCAAUCGACUGAUCAUACUCAUAGUUGACUGAUGGUGAUUAGUUGACUUGGCCAAUCGAUAUUAGAACAUUUCAUUCAUUGUGAUAGUGACAACAAUCGACUACUGCAAACUAUCAAUUGAUUAAUCGUCAUUAAUCGAGUUCUAAACAUUUUAUUUACUGCAAUAAUAUCAUCAGUCGAUUAAUCAAAUUCAUCAAUCGACUAAUGUGUAAUAAACCCCCUUAAACACCCUCAAAUCUUAAAUUCUGGGUUUAGGAGUUCGUCAGUUGAUUGCUACUACACAGCAGUCGUUUUGAUACCUUUGUUUCAACCUUACCAAAAUUGAAUUCUCGCCUUACUUGGUAUAUGGUUGACUUCAACCUAUCAAAACUUCUUUUGUUUAGCAUUCAAUCAGCUUUGACAUGUCGGGACUUCAUUGUUAGCUAUUAUCUAGUCAACCUUGACUUGCUAUGACUUCAUAAUUGCUUAGCAUUCUAUCAUCAACCUUAAUCUACCGGGUGAUAACCCGUGGAUCGUAGCACGAUAUCAAACACAAUUAAUUUAUCGAACACCUCUACACUAAUGUAGAAUAGAGAUGACUCGGGUCGUCUCUCACAAUGAAUGUUAUUGCUUUUCGAUUUUGAUGUUUUGAAUGGGCGUUUGGAUUUUGAAUUUUAAGACUACAAAAUGAAAUAAUAAUGCAUAUAAUGAAAUCUAAUCUUAAUAAAUGAAUGACAAUACAAGUAAAGGAAAUCUAGUCUAACCUAAACUAUAAUUGCAAAGCAUCAAAGACAACAUGAAGAAAGUUAAACAUUUAAUGAUCUUAAAACAUUCAACAAAAACAUAAUCUAAUAAACUCUACUUGCAUCCAACUUAAUGACAAGAAUAAAUAUCAACAAAACAAGCAUUACACGAAAUUUAAACUAACCUAAUUGCAACGAAUAAAAGAACACAAGUGGUUAAGGAAAUUUAUCGAACACUUAAUAAGCUUGAAUCAAAUUAAACUAAGUAUGUGCAAUCUUAACAUGGGAGUUAAAUUUGAUACAAGUAUUCAACACACAAUUAACAAUCUAAGGUAAGAAACAACCCAACACAUCGAAGACUUAAACCCAACUUGCGAACAAAUCUUCUCCCUCAAUCAAAAUGGAUGACGGUGGUUGCGGAUGUUUCUUUAGAAGCAGGUUGAUCAGCGCACAGAUGAAGAAGGACCUCUUUUCUUCUAACUCGAAGUGGAAGAUAAUCAGAUUUGUGAUGUGCAUAGGUUAUAUAUGUUUGUAGACAUUAUUUGGCGUACAUCUACUUGUAUUUCAUUAAUAUAAUCUAUGUUUAUUGCACCAUAUUUUAUUAUUAAUCGCACUUCCAUUC